AUGAAGUUUAUCGUCCCCGCUCUCGCCAUUUUCGCCUCUCUGGCCGUUGCAAAGAACUGCCAAGAGGGCCUCAACUACUGUUCUUUCACCCUUAUGGGGAAAGGCGACUACCACCAGCAGAUCCUCAAGGCCUUGGAUGAAGCGGGUAUUGAUCCUGCGACGGUCAACUACGACUACUUCCUCUAUCACUGCGACGGUGGCAGCAACGGCGCCAUCCACAUGACGCAGAAAUGCCCUAAAGGAUGCUCAGACGGUGGCGACAACCACUCCGACAGCUGCCUUUAG